AUGGAUAUCAACUGGAUGUUUGGACUGGAUAAUUUAACUAUAGUCAUCGCUAUUUUACUUAUUACUUUACUGGUCAUUCGAUCAUUGCAAUCUCCGCUCCCUCCUGGUCCAACUGGCUACCCAAUAGUUGGGAGCAUGCCUAUGAUGCGGAAAGGAAACGUGUUGGAGACGUUCCAAAGAGUGCGAGUAAAAUAUGGAGACGUGUACAGUGUGCAGCUUGGAUCGACCUUUACUGUCGUCAUUAAUGGAGUAGAUGCGCUCAAUGAAGCUUUUGUAAAAAAUGCGGAUCAAUUUUCUGAUAGACCAGAUAAUUUUGCUGUGCCGCAUACUUUACGUGGAAAAGGUAUUGGAGCGUCGUCAGGUGAACAUUGGAAACAAACUCGAACCUUCUCCCUGAUGACACUUCGAGGUUUCGGAUUCGGUAGAAAAAUCCUGGAAACAAAAGUCAAGGAAGAGGUAACGGCUUACUUGGACGUCAUUGAGGAACAAAAGGGGCGACCAUACGACGCUAAAGCACUUACUCGCAUUGCCGUCUCCAAUAUAAUAUGCAGUAUUGCUUUUGGAAACAGAUACGAUUACAAUGAUGAAAAAUUCAAACACCUGACUGCUCUGCUGAAUGAGAACUUCCGGUUAAAUUCCGUUGCCGGGGCGAUACGACAGUUGCCUUGGUUACGGUUCUUACCUGGAGAUGUGUUCAGCAUCAAGAAGUUCCAAAGGAAUGGUGAUCAGAUAAAGGAGUUUGCGAACGAUCAAAUAGCUGACCAUCGAGAAUCACUUGACGAAAACAAUCCCCGUGACUUUAUCGACGCAUUUAUCCAACAGCAAAGAAAACAUGGCCAGGAUCACCCUAUUUUUGAAGACAAUAACUUGGCAGCUGCCAUUAAGGAUUUAUUUUCGGCUGGAACAGAAACAACAUCUGCGAUGAUCCGGUGGUCAAUUCUUUACCUUCUCCACAACAAACCUGUCCAAAACAAACUACGACAGGAGAUAGAAACAGUGAUCGGAACGUCCAGACUGCCGUCCCUCGCCGACAAACCCAACAUGCCCUAUUACGAAGCGUUCAUUAUGGAAGUUCUUAGAAUGGGUAAUAUCGCUCCGCUCUCGGUGGGCCAUGGAGCCAGGACGGAUAUAUGGUUCCGAGGAAUGGUAAUCCCAAAAGGGUCGGUGAUCAUCCCUAAUCUCGACUCCGUUAUGAGUGAUCCGUGUCUAUUUGAGGAGCCUCAGAAGUUCAACCCAGAGAGAUUUCUUGGAAAAGACGGAAAUGUGACAGGCAGAAAAACAAUGGCCAUUGCUUUCUCGCUGGGACGACGAAUGUGUCUUGGGCAAUCCCUGGCGAAGAUCGAGAUGUUUCUGUUUAUAACAGCGCUGGUACAGAGAUUUGAGUUUUUACCGGAAAACUCGGAAAAUUUGCCAUCACUCGAAGGCAUCGUGGGCUUAUCGAGGACUCCGUCAGCUUAUAGAUUCCGUGCAGUGAAACGCUACUGAAGUAGGAGCCGGUUGAUGGAGUCGGAUAAGGUUUCAGGCUGCUUUCAGAAAAAAAUCAUAUAUCAUUGUGUAUGUACAGAGUACUGCUCAUAUUUCCUUUAUUUCUAUGACAUAAAUAUCUGUCGUUCAUAGAUAUCACAAAUAUAAUCAGAAUCGUUCAUUAACUCAGGUUUAUCUCCAUUCGUUAAAUGUAUAAAGGG